AUGUUACGCUUAGCAAAAGCCUCAAUUUCCUUGGUAAAACUUAGUAACCAGUCUCGUGCAUUAGCUAGUGAAUGUGGUCCCAAAAUGAAAUAUUUGAACGUGGCGGAAAAAAACGAUGCAGCGAAAACGAUUGCCGGCUUGUUAUCACGAGGCUCAUCGCAAAGGCGAGAAGGUUACUCGCCGUACAACAAAAUUUACGAAUUCAGCUACAACCUGCAGGGACAGACCUUUCAAAUGAUAAUGACAUCCGUAUCGGGCCAUCUAUUGAACCACGAAUUCCUGCCGAGCUUUCGAGGAUGGCGGGGCUGCAGCCCGGAAGAUCUGUUCGAUGCCCCGGUAAGAAAAACCUGUCCGGAACAGAGUGAGAAAAUCAAGAAAACGCUUGAACGGGAGGUGCGCGGUUGCUCUACUCUCAUCAUAUGGACCGAUUGCGAUCGAGAGGGUGAAAACAUUGGUUUCGAGAUAAUAGAGGUAUGCCGGGCGAUAAAACCGCAGCUACGCGUUUUGCGGGCAAAGUUUUCCGAAAUCACAGCACCAUCGAUUAAGCGUGCCAUCGAAAAUUUGGUCCAGCCCGAUGCUCGACAAAACGAUGCGGUCAAUGUGCGUAGUGAGCUCGAUUUGCGAAUCGGUGCCGCUUUCACGCGCUAUCAGACGUUGCGAUUGCAGCAAGUUUUCCCACAAGAUAUAUCAAACAAUCUGGUAUCGUACGGUAGUUGCCAGAUACCCACGCUAGGUUUUGUAGCGCAACGGUAUAAAGAAAUAGAAAAUUUCAUACCACAACCGUUUUGGAAAAUAAAGCUGACACACACGAUCAAUGAAUUAACAGUCGAAUUUCACUGGUCACGAAAUCGUCUAUUCGACAAGCAGUGUUGUGAGGCAUAUUUGAUGCUGUGCCAACAAAAUCCAGUAGCGAAGGUAGUGAACGUUACACAGAAGCCGAAAAAUAAAUGGCGACCUACACCGAUGGACACAAUAGAAUUGGAAAAGUUAGGUUCGCGUAAGCUUCGGAUGAACGCCAAGCAAGUGAUGACCAUUGCGGAGAAAUUGUAUACCCAAGGUAUAAUUAGUUAUCCCCGUACGGAAACAAACAUGUUCACCGGCGAUAUGAAGUUAGCUCCGCUGGUACAGGCCCAGGUCAGCAGCGAUCAGUGGGGCGCAUUCGCCGAAAAAGUGCUGCAAUGGGGCGUCAAUCCAAGGAAUGGUAAAAAGUCCGAUCAAGCCCAUCCUCCUAUACAUCCGACCAAACUUCCUACAAACCUGUCCGGCGAUGAAUGGCGCGUGUAUGAGCUGAUAGCACGUCACUUCCUCGCUUGCGUCAGUCGCGAUGCAACCGGUUCGGAGACAAUCGUAAAUGUGAUCGUUGGUGAGGAGGAAGAAUUUACCGCAUCGGGACUAUGCAUCCACGAGCGUAACUACCUCGAAGUGUAUCCGUAUGAUCGCUGGAACGCGAAGGAAAUACAUUCGUACCAAGUUGGGCACACGUUCGAACCGACCGAGCUGAAUCUGCACGAGGGCUCAACGACGGCACCGAAUAUGCUGACGGAGGCUGAUCUGAUUGCACUGAUGGAAAAACAUGGCAUCGGUACUGACGCUACGCACGCGGAACAUAUCAACACGAUCAAGGAGCGUGGUUAUAUCGGUGAGCGGGAUCGUGGGUUUUUGGUUCCCGGUACUCUCGGCAUGGGGCUGGUGGAAGGCUAUGAAAUGAUGGAACUGCGUUUGGCCCACCCCGAACUACGAGCUGGUCUCGAAGUUGACCUUAAGCUGGUAUGCGAAGGGCGUAAAAAUCCGAACGAAGUACUAGCGGAACAGAUCGCCAAGUAUAAGGAGGUGUACCAGAUAAUGUCCCAGAAGGCACGAGCACUCGAUCGUGCGUUGGGACAGCGGUUAAAUCAAACACCACAGGAUCCACCGCCAGAUGGCGGCGGUGCAAACGAUGCAAGUGGCGGUGCGGCUCCCAUGAAGGAGGUCUGCAAAUGCCCAAAAUGUGGAAGUAAGAUGUGCCUUCGUGCCAAGCGUGAUGCCUCCGGAUACUACCUCGGAUGCAUCGCUUUCCCAGAAUGUCGGAACAAUGUAUGGUUCGACGAUACGAUACGUGACAUCAACGUACUGGAUGAUAUGUGUGCUCGCUGUGGGAGCAAGAAGGUAGUCGUGAAGUUCCGCAGUGUACGCUUUUACGCUCUACUGCAGAGUACAGACAUGGAGGAGUAUCGUUUCUGCAUCGUGUGCGAUGAUAAAUUUCGCAAUUUGUUCAACAUUAACGAAUCCAGCGUGCGAGUGAUUGCAGAUGGACGCACGACAUCAAAUGUGGGGGCUGCACCUGUAGCACAAUCCGUCACCAGCAUUCCGGCAAAUUCGUGGGGCUCUGGUAACCUAUCGGAACGCCGACCACCGCAAACUUCCAACACAACCAGCAGCGGAAUUGGACGAUCGAACACCAGUACGGCAGGCUCCAACACCUGGGGUACGGGACAAUCUGGUAACACUUCGAACAAUUGGAGGGGAAGUCAAUCAUCUAACCGCGGUGGAUCAUCGUCUACCUGGGGAAAACCAGCAAACAGUCGAAACGACGGUUCAGUUCCACGAAGUAAUGGAUUCGGAGAUGGAGGACCAAGACAGAACGGUUGGAAAAAUACAUCCAACUCUUCACGGAUUGGUGCCGAUGAUGAAACCGACGUAAUGUGUCGCUGUGGUACGCCUGCAUCCCGCUUUACGGUGAAGAAGGAUGGGCCUAACAAGGGAAGACCUUUUUUUUCCUGUCCCAAUCAGGCCAGCUCGUGCGGAUUCUUUAAAUGGGGUGAUGAAAAUAUGCCUCCCGGAUCAUCAAACGGGGCAGCCGGUGGGUCGAUAAGUUGGGGCUCUGGAGGUGUAAACACGACCGGAUCCAGCUGGGGACGCAGUAGUAAUGAUAGUUCGAACAAAACGUCUAAAACGGUCCGAAAAUGUGGCAUCUGUCGACAGGAAGGACACACGAAAAACAAAUGUCCACAGCGUGGCGAUUCAACAGAUUAUUGA